AUGUCGGCUAUGGAUGUUGAAGAUGAAGAUAUGGAUGCGCCAAGCUCCAGCAACGUCAAGGGAGAAAAAAAGCGUUUUGAAGUCAAAAAGUGGAAUGCCGUCGCUUUAUGGGCAUGGGAUAUUGUUGUUGACAACUGUGCUAUUUGCCGUAAUCACAUUAUGGACCUCUGUAUAGAGUGUCAAGCAAAUCAAGCAUCAGCUACUAGCGAAGAGUGUACUGUUGCCUGGGGUGUUUGUAAUCAUGCUUUUCACUUCCAUUGCAUCUCCCGUUGGUUAAAGACUAGACAAGUGUGUCCACUGGAUAAUCGUGAAUGGGAAUUCCAAAAAUACGGCCAUUAAAACAAAUAGAUUAUAUUUCUAUUAAAAACCGAAAUAAGUGAUAUGUAAAAAAGGUUGGAAGUUACACUACCUAAUUCACAAGAACAUUUUUUAUUGAAACAACUUAAAAAUUAGUAAAUUGAAAUUCAUUAUCUUU